CUGUACACGGAGGUUUGAACUCUAUCCUCUGUCUCUAUCCUUUAACACACACAUCAACUCUCAAUAAUCUGGUGACGGUCGUCUACAGGUGUUCACAGGUGACUUCAUGUCACGUCACUUCACAAUGUCGGACACCAGGUGGCGACAUGAACGUGUGAAACAGUGACAGACGGAAGAAGAAGUGAGUGAAAUGAACCCAUGACUGAAGCUUCACUUUCUGCCGCCGCCUGUGUUUUUUUGCGCGUUAAUCUCGACAUUAAACCUUUUUUCUGACGCAGUGAAAAUGUCGCUGAGGUUCGAAAACAAAGUCGCGAUAGUGAGCGGAGGAUCUAAAGGCGUGGGCAGAGGAAUCGUCUCAGUGUUUGUGAAAAACGGCGCUAAAGUGGUGUUUUGUGCCAGAGGAAGUGCAGCAGGUGAGGCUCUGGAGGCGGAGCUAAACAAAGCAGGACCAGGGUCAUGCAAAUUCAUCUCAUGUGACAUUUCCAAACAGGACGACAUAAAGAGACUGAUCGACUUCACUGUGGACCAGUACGGACACAUCGACUGUCUCGUCAACAACGCAGGCUGGCAUCCACCUCAUAAAGCCACCGAUGACACGACAGCAGACGAGUUCAGAGACCUGCUCAAUCUGAACCUCAUCAGCUACUUCUUGGCUUCUAAAUACGCGUUGCCGUAUUUGCGUCAGCGUCGUGGAAACAUCGUAAACGUGUCCAGUCUGGUCGCGACCAUCGGGCAGAAGGACGCGGUGCCGUACGUUGCCACCAAGGGGGCGAUCAUCUCCAUGACAAAGGCCAUGGCUGUGGACGAGAGUCGCUACAACGUCAGAGUGAACUGCUUCUCUCCAGGUAACGUGAUGACGCCGCUGUGGGAGGAGCUAGCGGGACAGACGCCAGACGCCGCCGCUGCCAUUGACAUGGGAGAAAAGUGUCAGGCUCUUCAUGCACGACUUGUCCAGUCCCUCCCCUUCUCUACUGGCUCACUGCGGUUGUCCAGCUCCUUCAAGGCGGCAGACCUCAGCAUCGAACGCAGCACAGCAUGCAAGCCGAAGCCCGACCCGUCCACGCUGGUGUUCGGCAAACAGUUCUCCGACCACAUGUUGACCAUCAACUGGUCGGAGAAGAGUGGCUGGGAGACCCCGGAGAUCAAACCUUUCCAGAACCUGUCGCUGCAUCCUGCCAGCUCGGCCCUGCACUACUCUAUAGAGCUCUUUGAAGGCAUGAAGGCUUUUCGUGGCGUCGACAACCACGUCCGCCUCUUCAGACCGAUGCUGAACAUGGAGAGGAUGCACCGCAGCGCCGAGAGGAGCUGUCUGCCCCUCUUUGAUAAAGGUGAACUGCUGUCGUGCAUCAACAAGCUGGUGGAGGUCGACCAGGAGUGGGUUCCUUACUCGCAGGACGCCAGCCUCUACAUCAGACCCACCUUCAUAGGAACUGAGCCGUCUCUCGGCGUGUCUCGCCCAGGACAGGCCAUGCUCUUCGUCAUCGUCGGUCCGGUGGGGCCAUACUUCACCACGGGAUUCUUUAACCCCGUGUCUCUUCUGGCCGACCCUGCGUUUGUCAGAGCCUGUAAAGGAGGCGUCGGCGCUUACAAGAUGGGAGGUAACUACGGUCCCACCAUUAUGGUGCAGACCGAGGCAGUGAAGCGCGGCUGUCAACAGGUGCUGUGGUUGUACGGCGAGGAGGAGGAGAUCACCGAGGUCGGCACCAUGAACCUCUUCAUCUACUGGACCAACGAGAAAGGAGAGAGAGAGUUGCUGACUCCACCUCUAGAUGGCAUCAUCCUACCAGGAGUCACCAGACAGUCUCUGCUGGACCUCGGCAGAUCCUGGGGAGACUUUAAGGUGACGGAGCGCACCAUGAGCAUGAAGGAGCUGCUCGGGGCUCUGGACGCCGGGAGGGUCCUGGAGGUGUUCGGAGCAGGCACGGCGUGUGUGGUCUGUCCUGUCGGCUCCAUCCUCUACAAAGGAAAGACGUAUCCUAUCCCAACGAUGCAGAACGGUCCAGAUCUGACAAAGAGGUUCCACAAAGAACUGACUGAUAUUCAGUAUGGACGCAAACCCAGUGAAUGGGCACCACUUGUCGUUUAAACAGCCAUUUUGCACACGUCACUCAGUCCCCUAAUUCCAGUUUGGAUGGCCACACUCCUUCCCUUCCCUUCCUUCCCUUCCCUUCCCUUCCCUUGCUCUGGACCCACUAAUGCACUCCUGCUGCUUCUCUUCUCUUCCGUCUUCUCGGGAAAAACCACUUUCACGGAAGUCCCUUCCUCUGCAGACUCUCACGGUAGAAGACGGCCAGUGGUUUUGAACGCGGCCGCCUGCUUUUUCUCAAAGCAAUAUUAACACUAAGUUUGACCUCGAGAUAACGCACUCAAACAAAACAACGGUCAUAAGACAAAGACGUGGAGAUUUGGUGAGAUCUGUUACAAACACAAAUCUAAUUCUCUCCUAAUGCUAACCCGAUCACAGUUAAAGGGAUAGUUCAGGUUUUUUGUUUUUUUAAAAGUGUGGUUUUAUGAGGCGCUGACAAACAGACUUUGCCGUCAGCGACCAGCAGGGGGCACAAUGUGCUCAGUGGGGACUUGUGUUACUCAGGAAGUGUAAUAAUCAGGGUCCGAGCGGGUGCUUGAAAUCCUUUGAAUUUAACGUUGUGUUUUUAAGGUUUGAAAGUUUUUUUUCAACAACAAACAAACUGGACAGUUUGAUUUUUAGAUGAUUCUAUUAUAGCAUAAUAUCACCGUCUCUUUUAUUGUGAAAUAAUCAUUUUGAGUGUGUAUACAUAUAAGGUUAACCACAGAUUUAAGGUGCUUGGUUACAUAGAUUAAAGGCGACCUUUUUGAACACGAUCAUGGAAAUGAACCUUUAACGAUAUGACAGAUAUCUACAAAUAGCCAUCUUUGACUGUUUUCUUCAGGUUUCUCACAAUGUGAUAUGUAGCAUCAUUGCGUUAAAUUAUCUUUUUUUUAAAACACUAAAGUGUAAACGAAAAGGCUAAUACACUGCGGGUGUUACACUCAAAA